AUGAAGCUAGGCGCCGGAUUUCCUAUGGGCCCGUUGGAACUGGCCGACUUCACUGGAUUGGACACGAAAAAAUACAUCCUGAACAUAAUGUUGGAAAAGACCGGCCUCUCUGUGUUCAGGCCGAUAGAUCUGUUAGACAGAUUGGUAAGCGAGGGGAAAGUGGGUAGGAAGGGCGGAGAGGGCUUUUACAAAUAUAGC